GAGGUCCACAGUUCUACCUUCGUACCAACACCCAAGUGGUUCCUUAGAGAGAGAGAGAGAGAGAGAGAGAAGGCGUGAGAGAGAUUUAUAAGCCUCCCUUUGGGCAUAACAAUUUUUUUGUGAACAUAGAAACACUCACAACUUAACAAAAAACAAAAAAUGGGAGAGGAGGAGAAGAAACCAGAAGCAGCAGAGGAGAAGAAAAUGGAGGAGAAGAAACCAGAAGAGGAGAAAAAAGAAGAAGAAAAGAAAGUGGAGGCUGAUGAGAAAAAAGGAGAAGAAUCUGAGAAGAAAACUCAAGAAGGAGAGCCUACUAAAGAAUCCAAAGAUGAGUCUCCACCGGCGGCGCCGGAGGCUCCAGCACCACCUCCUCCGCCGCAAGAGAUUGUCCUUAAGGUUUACAUGCACUGUGAAGGCUGUGCUAGAAAAGUCCGCCGUUGCCUCAAAGGCUUUGAAGGAGUGGAAGAUGUGAUGACUGAUUGUAAAUCGGGGAAAGUGGUGGUGAAGGGAGAGAAAGCUGAUCCAUUAAAAGUAUUAGACAGAGUUCAAAGGAAGACCCACCGUCAAGUUGUGCUUCUUUCUCCGAUUCCCCCGCCGUCUCAACCACCGGAAAAGAAAGCAGAAGAGGAGAAACCCAAAGUGGAAGAGAAGAAAGUGGAGCCUCCCGUAGUGGUUACGGUGGUCCUCAAGGUUCAUAUGCACUGCGAAGCUUGUGCGACGGAGAUCAAGAAACGGAUCAUGAGAAUGAAAGGAGUGGAAUCUGCUGAAUCGGAUUUAAAGGGUUCUCAAGUGACGGUGAAGGGAGUGUUUGAACCGCAAAAGCUAGUAGAUUACGUUUAUAAACGGACUGGAAAACAAGCUGCGAUUAUGAAAGUUGACCCACCGCCUCCCCCGCCACCUGAGGUUGCGGCUGCAGCGGCGGAAGGAGAGAAGAAAGAAGAAGCAAAAGGAGAAGAAAAGGACGGAGGGGAAUCCAAAGGCGAGGAAGGGAAAGAGGAAAAGGCAACGACGGAUGAAGAGAAGAAAGAAGGAGAUGGCGGCAAAGGGGAAGGUGAAGCAGCGGAAAAAGGCGGAGGUGGUGAAACCGGUGGCGGGGGUGAGGAGGAAGAAGCAAAAGUUGUGGAGGUGAGGAAGAUAGAGAAUCCUUAUUACUACUAUCUUUACCAACCGCCCCGUGUGGCGGUUCCACCUAUGGAAAUGCCGUCUUAUGCUUACCCGCAUGCUUAUCCGCCUCAACUAUUCAGCGACGAAAAUCCAAACGCAUGUUCCAUAAUGUAACAAAGAAAACCGCAAACGCUAAAUGGUUUAUAUGGGGAAUAUUUGAACAUUUUUGAUUCAGUGGAUACAUGGUGGAUCUCUCUUUGCAUGUGGUCUUCUUUUUUACUGUGGUUGUGCAGCUCUUUUUAAUGGCUAUAUAUAAUCAAUAAAUAAAUAGAUUACAACUGUUUA